AUGGAGAAGAUGGGUGGUCGGAUCUCUGCAACUCUAUUCUUCGCUUUCCUCCUCAUCUCCUCUUCACACUCUUUCUACCUCCCUGGUGUGGCUCCUCGUGACUUUCAUAAGGACAACGCCCUUCCUGUCAAAGUGAACAAAUUAUCAUCUACGAAGACACAACUUCCAUAUGACUACUACUACUUGAACUAUUGUGAGCCAAAAAAGAUUGAGAAUAGUGCAGAAAAUUUGGGGGAGGUUCUUCGAGGUGACCGCAUUGAGAAUUCAGUAUAUACGUUUAAAAUGAUGAAUGAGGAGUCAUGCAAAGUGGCCUGUCGAAAGAAACUUGAUGCUGGAUCUGCAAAGAAGUUCAAGGAAAAAAUUGAUGACGAAUAUCGGGUUAACAUGAUUUUAGAUAAUCUUCCAGUUGCUGUUCUUAGACAAAGGAGGGAUGGGAGUCAAUCAACAACCUACGAGCAUGGUUUCCGUGUUGGGUUCAAAGGGAAUUAUGCAGGGAGCAAAGAGGAGAAAUAUUUUAUUAACAACCACUUGAGCUUUAGAGUUAUGUACCACAGGGAUCCUGAAACAGAAUCUGCUCGCAUUGUUGGGUUUGAGGUUACUCCAAACAGUGUUAAUCAUGAAUACAAGGAGUGGGAUGAUAAUGAUCCUCAAUUGACAACAUGCAACAAGGACACCAAAAAGUUAAUUCAAGGCAGCACUGUUCCACAAGAAGUUGAUGUCGGCAAGGAGAUUGUGUUCACAUAUGACGUUACCUUCCAGGAAAGUGAGAUUAAAUGGGCUUCUCGUUGGGAUACGUACCUCCUCAUGAAUGAUGAUCAGAUACACUGGUUUUCCAUCAUUAACUCACUGAUGAUUGUCCUUUUCCUGUCUGGUAUGGUGGCCAUGAUAAUGAUGAGAACUCUGUAUAGAGAUAUUGCAAACUACAAUCAGUUGGAAACUCAAGAUGAGGCACAAGAGGAAACUGGGUGGAAACUUGUCCAUGGAGAUGUAUUCAGGGCACCAGUGAACUCUGGUUUACUUUGUGUUUAUGCGGGUACAGGUGUGCAGCUCUUUGGAAUGGCACUUGUGACAAUGAUAUUUGCUUUGCUGGGUUUCUUGUCUCCUUCCAACAGAGGUGGUCUAAUGACUGCUAUGGUUCUCUUGUGGGUCUUCAUGGGUAUAUUUGCUGGUUACUCAUCGGCACGUUUGCACAAAAUGUUCAAAGGCACGGAGUGGAAGAGAAAUACCCUCAAAACUGCAUUUAUGUUUCCGGGGGCAGUGCCUUUUGGGACAAUGUUUGCUCUUGUUUGCUUAUGGCAAGUACCUGAGCAGGCAUGGUACAUGAAACCGGCUUUCUCUAUACUUAUUGGAGGCAUUCUCCCAUUUGGUGCUGUUUUCAUCGAGCUCUUCUUCAUUUUGACAUCAAUAUGGCUCAAUCAGUUCUACUAUAUCUUUGGCUUCCUCUUCAUAGUAUUUGUUAUCCUUCUGAUCACUUGUGCAGAGAUAACAAUUGUGCUUUGUUACUUCCAGUUAUGUAGUGAAGACUACCACUGGUGGUGGAGGUCUUACCUGACUGCUGGCUCUUCUGCUCUUUACCUUUUCCUGUACUCAAUUUUCUACUUCUUCACCAAACUGGAGAUUACGAAGUUUGUUUCAGGUGUCCUCUACUUUGGGUACAUGAUAAUUAUCUCGUAUGCUUUCUUUGUUUUAACUGGAACAAUUGGCUUCUAUGCUUGCUUCUGGUUUGUCCGGAAGAUCUACUCCUCCGUCAAAAUUGACUGA